AUGUGUUUGGGUUUCUUCCCCCCAGUCCCUGGCGCUACCUUUUCUGCCACAAACGUCAGCAUGGUGGUAUCUGCCGACCCUUUGUCCGGCAAGAGGGCAGAGAUGAACAUCCUAGAAAUCAACAAGGAAUUGCGUACCCAGCUGGCAGAGAGCAAUCAGCAGUUCCGAGACCUCAAAGAGAAAUUCCUUAUAACUCAAGCUACUACCUACUCCCUGGCCAACCAGCUAAAGAAAUACAAAUGCGAAGAGUACAAGGACAUCAUAGACUCUGUGCUGAGGGAUGAACAGCAAUUCACGGAGAAGCUGGCAGAGAAGCUCAGACAAGCUGAGGAGCUCGGGGCUCACUGUACUUGCAUAGGUGAAGUAGGAAAUAUCUCAAUGGACACUUCUGUAUUUGCAGAGAAUGAUGAAGAUGAGGAUGAAGAUGAGAAAGACGAGGAGAUUGAGAAAGUACAGGAAUCACCUGCCCCCAGACACCAUGAUAUAUCCUACUCUUACCUGCAUCAUGAAGUCACUUUCUUGGCACUGGAUGAAGAGAAAGUUUGCUCUGCUCAGGAUGUUGCCAGGGAUUACUCCAAUUCCAAAUGGGAUGAAGCCCCACUUAGCUUCCUAGAAAUUGAAAAGGAUCAAGAGGAGCUAGAAGAUCAAGACCCGCCGUGCCCCAGACGAUCCAAAGCCCUCUGGGCUGCAGCAGAAAUUUUUCAUUCAGGGACACCCCAGCCUGGGCCCCUGCCCUGUCAGGGUCCCCAGGCACAGACAGAAAAGCCCCUUCUCCUUUCAGCUCCCACCAAGAGGGCCUGUCCCCAAGGGACUUGGAGUGCAGACUUGAGCCACCACCUCUCAGAGGUGCAGGCUUCACAGGCACAGCUGGAGCCAAGCACCCUGGUGCCCAAAUCUCUGCGACUACAGCUGGAUCAAGGGAAUGGCUUGGCCAGGCGGGGCCUUUCCUCUAACACUCGCAGCUUCUCAGCCAAUGCUGAUUCUGGGAACCAACAGCCCUUCCAAGAGCUGGUUUUAGAGCCCUCCCUGGGGAUGAAGAACCCUCCCCAGCUGGAUGAUGAUGCACUUAAAGGCUCAGGAGACAACACACAAGGGCAUCAAGUCAUUGGCCAGAUUCACGCCUCCAGUGUCCUGAAACCAAAGAUCAUCAAAAGAAAAUUCUCAUUCAGCAAGUGGAGACUGGCAUGCAGACUCCCUGGCCUGCAAGCUUAGAGUGCAGAGAUACCAAAUACUGCUGGAAGGAUGCAAAGGGUGAAAGGAUGUCACAAAAAGUAG